AUGGACACCGACCUGUACGACGAGUUCGGGAAUUACAUCGGACCCGAGCUGGACUCCGAUGACGACGACGACGAGUUGGGCCGAGAAGCCAAAGACCUCGACGAGAUGGACGACGAGGACGACGAGGACGACGGGGGGGAGCACGACGAGGAGCACCCCGGCGGGAUGGAGGUGGUGCUGCACGAGGACAAGAAGUACUACCCCACGGCCGAGGAGGUCUACGGGCCCGAGGUGGAGACCAUCGUGCAGGAAGAAGACACGCAGCCCCUCACAGAGCCCAUCAUCAAGCCGGUGAAGACCAAGAAAUUCUCCCUGAUGGAGCAGACCCUGCCAGCCACGGUGUAUGAGAUGGACUUCCUGGCCGAUCUGAUGGACAACUCGGAGCUGAUCAGGAACGUGACGCUCUGCGGACACCUCCACCACGGCAAGACUUGUUUCGUGGACUGCCUGAUCGAGCAGACCCACCCGGAAAUCAGGAAACGCUACGACCAAGAUCUCUGCUACACCGACAUCCUGUUCACCGAACAAGAGAGGGGGGUCGGCAUCAAAAGCACCCCCGUGACCGUCGUCCUGCCGGACACCAAGGGCAAGUCUUACCUCUUCAACAUCAUGGACACUCCAGGGCACGUGAACUUUUCCGACGAGGUGACGGCCGGCCUGCGCAUCUCGGACGGGGUGGUGCUCUUCAUCGACGCGGCCGAGGGGGUGAUGCUGAACACGGAGCGGCUGAUCAAGCACGCGGUGCAGGAGAGGCUGGCCGUCACCGUGUGCAUCAACAAGAUCGACCGGCUGAUCCUCGAGCUGAAGCUUCCGCCCACCGACGCCUAUUACAAGCUGCGUCACAUUGUCGACGAGGUCAAUGGCCUGAUCGGCAUGUACUCGACGGACGAGAACCUGGUCCUGUCACCCCUCCUGGGCAACGUCUGCUUCUCCAGCUCCCAGUACAGCAUCUGCUUCACGCUGGGCUCCUUCGCCAAGAUCUACGCCGAUACCUUCGGGGACAUCAAUUACCAGGAGUUCGCCAAGCGGCUCUGGGGCGAUAUCUACUUCAACCCAAAAACGCGUAAGUUCACCAAAAAAGCCCCUACCAGCAGCUCCCAGCGCAGCUUCGUGGAGUUCGUCUUGGAGCCGCUCUACAAGAUCUUGGCCCAGGUGGUGGGCGACGUGGACACCAGCCUCCCGCGGACCCUGGAUGAGCUCGGCAUCCACCUGACCAAAGAGGAGCUGAAGCUGAACAUCCGCCCGCUCCUCAGGCUCGUCUGCAAGAAGUUCUUCGGGGAGUUCACGGGCUUCGUGGACAUGUGCGUGCGGCAUAUCCCCUCCCCCAAGGCCGGCGCCAAGUCGAAAAUCGAGCACACCUACACCGGCGGCAUCGACUCGGACCUGGGGGAGGCCAUGAGCGAGUGCGACCCCGAUGGCCCCCUGAUGUGCCACACGACCAAGAUGUACAGCACGGACGACGGCGUGCAGUUCCACGCCUUCGGCCGGGUGCUGAGCGGGACCAUCCACGCCGGGCAGCCCGUCAAGGUGCUCGGAGAGAACUACACCCUGGAGGACGAAGAGGACUCCCAGAUCUGCACCGUCGGACGCCUGUGGAUCUCCGUGGCCAGGUAUCACAUCGAGGUCAACCGGGUCCCAGCCGGCAACUGGGUGCUCAUCGAGGGGGUGGACCAGCCCAUCGUGAAGACGGCGACCAUCACGGAGCCCCGGGGCAACGAGGAGGCUCAGAUUUUCCGCCCCUUGAAGUUCAACACCACGUCGGUCAUCAAGAUAGCCGUGGAGCCCGUCAACCCCUCGGAGCUGCCCAAGAUGUUGGACGGCCUGCGGAAGGUCAACAAGAGCUACCCGUCGCUCACGACCAAGGUGGAGGAGUCUGGGGAGCACGUGAUCUUGGGCACCGGUGAGCUGUACCUGGACUGUGUAAUGCAUGACUUGCGGAAGAUGUACUCGGAGAUUGACAUCAAGGUGGCCGACCCGGUCGUCACGUUCUGCGAGACGGUGGUGGAGACGUCGUCCCUCAAGUGUUUCGCUGAGACGCCCAACAAGAAGAAUAAGAUCACCAUGAUUGCCGAACCCCUGGAGAAGGGCCUGGCCGAGGACAUUGAGAACGAGGUGGUGCAGAUCACGUGGAACAGGAAGAAGCUGGGCGAGUUCUUCCAGACCAAGUACGACUGGGAUCUGCUGGCCGCCCGGUCCAUCUGGGCCUUCGGCCCCGACGCCACCGGCCCCAACAUCCUGGUGGACGACACGCUGCCCUCGGAGGUGGACAAGGCCCUGCUGGGUUCGGUGAAGGACAGCAUCGUGCAGGGAUUCCAGUGGGGGACCCGGGAGGGUCCCCUCUGCGACGAGCUGAUCCGCAACGUGAAGUUCAAGAUCCUGGACGCGGUGAUCGCCCAGGAGCCGCUUCACCGGGGCGGGGGCCAGAUCAUCCCCACCGCCCGCAGAGUCGUCUACUCCGCCUUCCUCAUGGCCACCCCCCGCCUGAUGGAGCCCUACUACUUCGUGGAGGUACAGGCCCCUGCGGACUGCGUCUCGGCCGUCUACACGGUGCUGGCCCGGCGCAGGGGUCACGUGACUCAGGACGCCCCCAUCCCGGGCUCGCCGCUCUACACCAUCAAAGCCUUCAUCCCGGCCAUCGACUCCUUCGGCUUCGAGACGGACCUCCGCACCCACACGCAGGGCCAGGCCUUCUCCCUCUCCGUCUUCCACCACUGGCAGAUCGUCCCCGGAGACCCCCUGGACAAGAGCAUCGUCAUCCGUCCCCUGGAGCCGCAGCCCGCCCCUCACCUGGCCCGGGAAUUCAUGAUCAAAACGCGGCGCAGGAAGGGCCUGAGCGAGGACGUGAGCAUCAGCAAGUUUUUCGACGACCCCAUGUUGCUGGAACUCGCCAAGCAAGACGUGGUUCUCAACUACCCCAUGUGAGCGGGGCCUCCCCCCGGCCCCCGCCGCCCGAGCCGGCUGGGUCGGGCGGUCUCCCCCGGCCCCCCGACCCCCGUCUCCGCCGCGGGCUCUUCUGGACGGUGAUCCCCCGGAGGACGGCCGGGGCCCUCGGGCUCUGCAUCCUCUGCCUCCCUUCCCGGGGGGCCGAGGGGCGGGGUUUGGGGGGCCUGGCAGGGAGGGGAGCGCGGCCGGAGGCGGAGUACCUGAUCUUAGAGGGCUGGGUCCUCGCCAUUCGCUGUCAUUUUGCAUCUUUUACACGUUGGAGCUGUUUGUCGUCUGUAAAUGAACAGAAUCUUCCGAA